GAGUGUUGAAAUGAGAACCUAAUCACCUAGAAAAGCUGCAUGUGUACUUUAGUGCUUAGAGCAACUCCAAAGGAGGGUUCAUAUGAAUCCUUAACUGCAUGGUUAGAAUAAAAAAUUAAUAAAAGAGUUAGAAAUGGGAAGAAGCAGUCCGUAGAGAAGGGCUUAACGGAUCCAAUCCGUAGGGACGUGGCUGUUUCUUAUUGGACCUGGAUCGGGAAAAUGUGCACGAGGAAACAAAAAUGAAAUUAUUCGCGAAGAAGAGAAAAAAAGAAAAGAGGAAAGGCGACGGUUUAUGCGAUUCGAUCUCCUCGAGCCAUUAAGGUUAAGGAAUAUGGGACAAGACUACAGCUACACCCAGCCUUCUUCAUCUGAGGACUCCUCCCUCGAUAUAACUUCUCUUCUUUAAGCAGAAGCUGAUAUCUACGCGGAUGAAGCGCAGAGCAUGCAUAACAUCUUCGAGCCGUAUCACUACCCUCCACAACCCGAAGCUGACGAUGGAAUCCCGAAGACUUGCUACUGUGGUGCUGAUCCUGUUGUUGCUGCAUCGUACACAAGCAAAGACCCAGGCCGAAGGUACUUCACGUGUGAGAACGCCGAUGAUGGAGACUGCCACAUCUGGAAAUGGUGGGAUGUAGCCGUAAUGGAAGAGAUGUCUGACUUUCAGAGACAACUUAGGGAGGUUAAGUCUCAACAUAACGAGAGUGAGCAGAAGCUGGUUAAGGUAGAGGAGACGGUGUCGGAGUUAUCUAAGAAGAUCUCAGGGAUUAAAGAGAUGUUCCUAUUGGCUGUUUGUGUCCUGCUGAGUUUGUUCAUCGUAAUCUUUAUGGUGAUCAUGUUGGGUGGAAGAGCUACGGAGGUUGAAAAGGCGAGAGUCUGAGCUUUGAAAGGUGCAGUACAAGGCCUUUGUUUUCUUGCGGUUGUUUUAUCUAUCACGGGUGCUUUGGAGCUGUGAAGGUGUUUUGUUUUCUAGCAGAUGUGACCCUAGUCACGGGUUCUAGCUUUUUUCACUUUCACAUUUAUAUAAGAUCGGAUUGUAUAAGACUUUAACCUAUCUCCUUAGCUUUCUUUCAUCUUCCUUGCAAGAUUGUACUCUCUACUACUCCAUGUAAAUGAUAUCAAUCUACUUGCUAAGUACUUCCGUUUGCAUC